AUGAGUUUUCCACCACCACCACCUCCUGGAUUCAGGCCCCCCCCUCCGCCAGGCAUGGCCGCCCCUCUAAACGAGGCUUCUAGCUCUAGACUUCCUUCGGAAGUCAUUGCCCAGAAGUCGCAGAAAUGGGUGCAAAUGCAACGAAAACGAUAUGGCGAAAAGAGAAAGGGAGGAUAUGUAGAUAUGGGCAAACAGGACCUCCCGCCCGAGCACGUACGCAAAAUUAUCAAGGACCACGGAGAUAUGAGCAACAGGAAGUUCCGAAACGACAAACGUGUUCACCUUGGAGCGUUAAAAUACGUUCCUCAUGCAGUGAUGAAAUUGCUGGAAAAUAUCCCGUACCCUUGGGAGCAAGUUCGCGAGGUACCGGUUUUGUACCACAUUACGGGCGCUAUCACCUUCGUCAACGAAAUUCCUCGUGUCGUUGAGCCUAUCUAUCAUGCUCAGUGGAGUACGAUGUGGCUAGCCAUGCGACGGGAGAAAAGGGACCGCAGACAUUUCAAGCGUAUGCGCUUCCCGCCUUUCGACGAUGAAGAGCCUCCCCUCGACUACGGAGACAACGUCUUGGAUGUGGACCCUCUGGAAGCUAUUCAGCUAGACCUUGAUCCAGAGGAGGACUCAGCCAUCAUCGACUGGUUUUACGACCCGAAACCCCUCAUUGACACGCCCGCCGUCAACGGCCCGUCCUACAAGUAUUGGUCGCUGUCGUUGCCAGUCAUGGCCAGUCUAUAUCGUCUUGGUCGCACAUUACUGUCAGACCAAGCUGAUAACAAUUCAAGCUACCUCUUCGACAAGAACGCAUUUUUCACUGCUAAGGCCCUGAAUAUGGCUAUACCUGGAGGGCCCAAGUUCGAGCCGCUCUAUCGUGACAUGGAGACCUUCGACGAGGACUGGAAUGAGUUUAACGAUAUCAAUAAGGUGAUCAUCCGGCAACAGAUCAGAACCGAAUACAAAGUGGCCUUCCCGCAUUUAUACAAUUCCUUGCCUCGAUCCGUUCGCAUUUCGCCAUACCAUUUCCCGAAGAAUGUAUACAUCCGCACCGACGACCCUGACUUGCCAGCAUUCUACUUCGACCCUCUCAUCAACCCCAUCUCCUUGCGUGGCCACGUUCCAAAGAAUGCACCUCUCAUUCCUCACGAAGACACCAUUUUCGGCCCUAAUGGUGCGGACGAUGACGACUUCGCGUUGCCACCCUCUAUCAGGCCUUUCCUAGAGGAUAAGGACCUUGAGAAGGACCUUACAGCAGAUGGUAUCGCACUUUGGUGGGCGCCGGAGCCGUACGGCAGACGUUCGGGUAGAAUGAGAAGAGCACAAGAUAUUCCUCUUGUCAAAAAUUGGUAUCUUGAGCACUGCCCUCCUGGACAACCAGUCAAAGUCCGCGUGUCUUAUCAGAAGCUAUUGAAGUGUUACGUCCUUAACGAGCUCCAUACUAGGCCGGAGAAGGCUAUGUCGAAGAAGAAUCUCUUCAGACAGCUGAAGGCGACGAAGUUUUUCCAAACCACCAAACUGGACUGGGUGGAGGCUGGUUUGCAGGUUUGCAGACAGGGUUACAACAUGCUCAACCUCUUGAUUCAUCGCAAGAACUUGAACUAUCUUCAUCUGGACUACAACAUGAACUUGAAGCCCGUCAAGACUCUGACUACCAAGGAGCGGAAGAAGUCGCGCUUCGGAAAUGCCUUCCACCUGUGUCGUGAAAUCCUUCGCCUUACAAAGCUUGUCGUCGAUGCGCAUGUGCAGUUCCGCCUCGGAAACGUUGAUGCAUUUCAACUCGCUGAUGCCCUCCAAUAUAUAUUCGCUCACAUUGGUGCUUUGACGGGGAUGUACCGUUAUAAGUAUAAGCUAAUGAGGCAAGUACGCAUGACCAAGGACUUGAAGCAUCUGAUCUACUAUCGCUUCAACACAGGCCCUGUCGGAAAGGGUCCUGGGUGUGGUUUCUGGGCUCCAGGUUGGCGUGUGUGGCUCUUCUUCAUGCGUGGCAUUGUUCCUCUCCUUGAACGAUGGCUGGGUAAUCUGCUUGCUCGACAAUUCGAAGGUCGUAAUAGCAAAGGCAUCGCUAAAACUGUGACGAAGCAGCGUGUUGAAUCCCACUACGACCUCGAGUUACGUGCUGCUGUCAUGCACGAUAUUCUCGACAUGAUGCCAGAGUCUAUCAAACAGAACAAGUCGAAGACUAUCCUGCAGCAUCUGUCAGAGGCUUGGCGUUGUUGGAAAGCCAAUAUUCCUUGGAAGGUCCCUGGAAUGCCUACGGCCAUUGAGAAUAUCAUUCUUCGUUACAUCAAAAGCAAAGCCGACUGGUGGUGCUCCGUCGCUCAUUACAAUCGCGAGCGUAUUCGUCGCGGCGCCACAGUCGAUAAAGCGGUGGUGAAGAAGAAUCUCGGCCGUCUUACUCGUCUCUACUUGAAGGCAGAGCAAGAAAGGCAACACGGUUAUUUGAAGGAUGGUCCCUAUAUCAGUGCAGAGGAGGCCGUCGCCAUCUACACUGCCACCGUGCAUUGGUUAGAAAGCCGGAAGUUUGCUCCUAUCCCCUUCCCCCCGCUGUCGUAUAAGCAUGACACCAAGCUUCUCGUCCUUGCGCUGGAGAAACUCAAAGAAGCGUAUUCGGUGAAAGGUCGCUUGAAUCAGUCGCAACGGGAAGAGCUUGCCCUCAUUGAGCAAGCGUAUGACAACCCUCACGAAUGUCUUUCUCGCAUCAAGCGUCUUUUGCUGACUCAGCGGGCCUUCAAAGAGGCUGGUAUCGAAUUCUUCGACACCUACGACAAACUUAUCCCUUGCUACGAUAUUGAACCGGUGGAGAAGAUAACAGACGCCUAUCUGGAUCAAUUCCUGUUCUUCGAGGCGGAUAAACGUGGUCUGUUCCCUGCCUGGAUAAAGCCUGCGGACACCGAGCCACCGCCACUGCUCGUAUACAAAUGGUGCCAAGGUGUCAACAAUUUAACGGAUAUUUGGGAGACCAGCGAAGGGGAGUGCAACGUUCUCAUGGAGACUGUUCUUUCGAAGGUGUACGAGAAGAUUGAUCUGACCCUGCUAAAUCGACUCUUGCGGCUUAUCCUGGACCACAAUUUGGCCGAUUAUAUCACUGCCAAAAACAACACGACUCUCACGUACAAGGAUAUGGCACAUACGAACGCUUUCGGUCUCAUCCGUGGCUUACAAUUCUCUGCCUUCGUCUUCCAGUAUUAUGGACUAGUUCUUGAUCUGUUGAUCCUCGGCCUGCAACGUGCUAGCGAAAUGGCCGGUCCUCCUCAGAUGCCCAACAACUUCCUCCAGUAUCGGGAUUCAGCAACGGAAACUCGUCACCCGAUCCGGCUGUACUCCCGCUACGUUGAUCGUCUACAUAUCUUGUUCCGCUUCACCGCCGAUGAAGCUCGUGACCUCAUUCAGCGAUAUCUUUCCGCCAAUCCUGAUCCAACGAAUAACAAUGUUAUUGGAUACAACAACAAACGCUGCUGGCCUCGCGAUUGCCGUAUGCGCCUCAUCAAACACGACGUCAACUUGGGAAGAGCGGUUUUCUGGAAUAUCAAGCAACGUCUUCCACGAUCGCUGACAACAAUUGAAUGGGAGGAUACUUUCGUCAGUGUUUACUCUCAGAACAAUCCUCAAUUGUUGUUCUCCAUGUGUGGCUUCGAGGUCCGCAUCCUGCCAAAAAUUCGGACGAUGUCUGGGGAGCAGUUCUCGCUCAAAGAUGCCGUUUGGAACCUGACGAACGAACAAACCAAAGAGAGGACUGCGCAAGCGUUCUUGCGGGUUUCUGACGAAGGCGUCCAGCAGUUCAACAAUCGCAUCCGACAAGUCCUGAUGAGUUCUGGGUCCACAACCUUCUCGAAGAUUGUCAAUAAAUGGAACACUGCACUUAUUGGGCUGAUGACCUAUUAUCGUGAGGCUGUCAUUCACACCAACGAGCUGCUGGAUUCCCUGGUCAAGGCGGAAAACAAAAUCCAAACACGUGUCAAGAUUGGGUUGAACAGUAAGAUGCCUUCACGUUUCCCACCUGUCGUCUUCUAUACUCCUAAGGAAUUGGGUGGUCUUGGUAUGUUAUCCAUGGGUCAUGUUCUCAUCCCCCAGAGCGACCUCAGAUGGUCGAAGCAAACCGACGUGGCUGUUACGCAUUUCCGUGCUGGAAUGACGCAUGAGGAGGACCAGCUGAUUCCCAACCUGUAUCGUUAUCUCCAGCCUUGGGAGGCAGAAUUCUUGGAUUCGGCCCGUGUCUGGUCCGAGUACUCGAUGAAACGUAAAGAAGCCAAUGCCCAAAACAGGCGCCUGACUCUCGAAGAUCUUGAAGAUAGUUGGGAUCGUGGUAUACCACGCAUUAACACCUUGUUCCAGAAGGAUCGCCAUACUCUCGCCUAUGACCGUGGUUGGCGUGUGCGGACCGAUUGGAAACAAUAUCAAUUGUUGAAGCACAAUCCCUUCUGGUGGACAUCGCAACGCCACGACGGUAAAUUGUGGCAAUUGAACAAUUAUCGUGUCGAUGUGAUUGCCGCUCUUGGCGGUGUAGAGGGUAUUCUGGAGCAUACUCUAUUCAAGGGCACAUAUUUCCCAACAUGGGAGGGUCUCUUCUGGGAGAAGGCGUCCGGUUUCGAAGAAUCUAUGCGCUACAAGAAACUUACCAAUGCUCAACGCUCCGGUCUGAACCAAAUUCCCAAUCGUCGUUUCACUUUGUGGUGGAGCCCUACCAUCAACCGUGCCAAUGUUUACGUUGGUUUCCAAGUCCAGCUUGACUUGACCGGCAUCUUCAUGCAUGGCAAAAUCCCGACUCUCAAGAUUAGUUUGAUCCAAAUCUUCCGGGCCCAUUUAUGGCAGAAAAUUCAUGAAAGUGUUGUGAUGGAUCUGUGUCAAGUGUUCGAUCAAGAAUUAGAACCACUGCAAAUAGAGACUGUCCAGAAAGAGACAAUUCAUCCUCGUAAGAGUUACAAGAUGAACUCUUCUUGUGCAGACAUUCUUCUUUUCUCUGCAUACAAGUGGAAUAUAGCGCGGCCAUCACUCGUGACGGAUGUCAAAGAUGUCCUUGAUGGAACGACUAGCAACAAGUUCUGGAUCGAUGUUCAACUGAGAUGGGGAGAUUUCGAUACUCAUGACAUCGAGCGCUACACUCGCGCGAAGUUCCUGGAUUACGUCUCAGAUUCGAUGAGUAUCUACCCUUCACCAACUGGCGUCAUGAUCGGCAUGGAUCUUGCUUACAAUCUAUGGUCGGCCUACGGCAACUGGUUCCCUGGAUUGAAACCGCUCAUCCAACAGGCUAUGGCCAAGAUCAUGAAAGCUAACCCAGCCUGUCACGUUUUGCGGGAACGUAUCCGGAAAGGCUUGCAACUGUAUUCCUCUGAACCAACGGAACCCUACUUGAACAGCCAGAAUUAUUCAGAACUUUUCUCCAACCAGAUCAUUUGGUUCGUCGACGACACAAAUGUCUACCGCGUAACCAUCCACAAAACGUUCGAAGGAAACUUAACGACUAAGCCCAUCAAUGGUGCCAUCUUCAUUUUCAACCCCAGAUCAGGACAACUGUUCCUCAAGAUCAUCCAUACGAGCGUCUGGGCUGGCCAGAAACGUCUUGGUCAACUGGCUAAGUGGAAAACCGCAGAAGAGGUUGCUGCUCUUGUUCGUUCUCUUCCCGUCGAAGAGCAGCCUAAACAAGUAAUUGUCACUCGGAAAGGGAUGUUAGACCCGCUCGAGGUCCAUCUUCUUGAUUUCCCCAAUAUUGUCAUCAAGGGAAGCGAGCUUCAAUUACCGUUCCAAGCUUGUAUGAAGAUGGAGAAAUUCGGAGAUCUCAUUCUGAGGGCAACGCAACCGCAAAUGGUUCUUUUCAGUCUUUAUGAUGAUUGGCUGAAGUCGAUCUCGAGUUACACUGCUUUCUCCAGAUUGAUUUUACUGCUGCGUGGUCUUCAUGUCAAUAACGAAAAGGCGAAGAUUAUCUUGCAUCCCGACAAAUCGACAAUCACAGAACCUCAUUUUGUUUGGCCCACCUUAACGGACGAGGAGUGGAUUAAGGUCGAAGUUGCUAUGAAGGAGCUAAUUCUUGCGGACUUUGGUAAACGCAACAGCGUGAACAUCGCGUCACUCACUGUCAGCGAGGUUCGAGACAUCAUUCUAGGUCAAGAAAUUGCUGCACCAUCUGUACAACGGCAACAAAUGGCCGAAUUGGAGAAAAGCUCAGAAGCUCAAAGUCAGAUUACGGCUGUGCAAACUCAAACGACGAACGUCCAUGGAGACACCAUCCAGACCGUCACCACCACCAACUAUGAGCAGCAAGUGUUCAGCAGCAAGUCCGACUGGCGCGUUCGAGCAAUCUCGGCGACCCACUUACCGCUUCGAUUGCAACACAUCUACGUGUCCAACGACGAUGUCAAGGACGAUGCUGCCUCCUUCACUUAUGUAUUGCCGAAGAACGUCUUGCGCGCGUUCAUCACUGCUGCCGACUUGCGAACACAAGUAGCGGCGUUCUUGUACGGUGUUUCGCCGGGGGAUAACAAACAAGUCAAAGAAAUUAAGGCCAUUGCAUGGGCUCCUCAGCGCGGCAGCAACAAUGGUGUAGAACUUCCUGCUCAACUUCCUAAGCACGAUGUUCUUCUCAAAGACCUUGAACCCCUUGGUUGGAUCAAAACACAAGCCCUGGAAAUCCCUCACCUAUCACCUAUCGAUGUUACUGCACAAGCCAAAUUAAUGGCAGAUCACCCGGAAUGGGGUUCCUCCUCAAUUUGUCUUACUGCGUCCUUCACGCCUGGCUCUGUGUCGCUUUCUGCUCAUUCUCUUACUGUUCCUGGAUUCGAAUGGGGAAGGAAGAACCAGGACACAUCUUCAAAUCCUCCGGGAUUCAACCCCAACAUGUCGGAGCGCGUGCAACUCCUCCUCUCGGAUCGUAUAUUGGGCAUGACCCUGGUUCCCGAAGGACGAGUGUGGAAUUAUGGUAUCGGCCUCACUCAGCUGUGGGCUCCUAACUUGAGCUACUCCAUGAAUCUUGACACACCUUUGCCUUUCUGGGCGGAGGAGCAUCGACCUGCUGCCUUUUUGACAUUUGCCAACCUUGAACAAGGCGAAGAUAGCGCUGACGUAGAAAACAGCUUCGCCUGA